CCCUCCGCGGCUGUAAAAAAGGAGCGGGAGCCGCCCCGGGGCAAGCCUGUGCAGCGUUUUGCUUCAGCGACGCAGCGAAGUCGCGUUCUGCAUCGCUAACACGAAACACUGGGCUCCUGAGCUCGGCAGCGCCACCGGGAGCCUGCGCAGCAGUCACGCCGCCGCCGCGGCGCACGCAAGAUGGAAGCCGAAGAUGCACGCAACGAGGCCGUGCAGGCCCGACGAGCUCAUUUAAUAGAACAAACCAAAAUCUGGGACGAGAAAAUUGCCAAAAACAAGGAGCCGCGGACGUGGGAGACGUACCUCCCCGCGCACCAUCGGGGCAAAGCCUCGAAAGACGCCCUGAAGCACUUCCGCGCGUUACUGGAAAGACCUCUGCCCGAGGGCGUCCCGCGGCAACUCACACGAACCCAAAUCGCGAUGAUCGACGAGGGCUGGAAGGAGCCGGAUCACGUACCGGAGCCGCCGAAGCGCAAGCGCGCGAAGAAGGAGCCCGUCAAGGAGGGCCCGGCCAAGGGGAGCAUCGCGGAUUUGGAGCUGCAAGCGUCGAAGGAGUGGGACGGCGUCGGCGUCUCGCCUCAUGGUCGACGCGCAUUGGACGCGGCCUGGGCGUUGGACUUUGGACCGAACAUGGGCAAUCCGUUCCGAACGCGCCUCACGCGGGACAUGUGCUUGCAGCUGGGUGCUGUUGAUUAUUAUUCUAUUAUCAAGGACGUGUGUGACCUGCCUCUUUGUAGAGAGAGGCUGAAUACCGGUGCUUAUGAAAAUGAUGCAGCAUUACGAAGGGACAUUAGAAAAAUAGCCGAGAACGCUUUGCAAUAUCACGGGCCCGCGUCACCCUACACGACCGCGGCGGACCAAUUAGCAGCAGCUUUUGAUGCCGCGCUGGCGGGGGCGUAAUAUUGUACCUACUACGCAAGUAUUGUGGUGUGAGUCGCGGCGAUGGCGUGCUGGUGGAGUCGAACUC